AAAUUAUUUCCAUUCUUUUCUAUCGGAGUUUACUCGGUGGACGACGAAAAUAAUUCAUUUCUUUUCUUCGCAGAGUUUGAACAAGUUGGUUGAGUUUACAGUAAAAACUCGCCAAGAUGGUCAACCGAAAGGUUCCUUCGGUACAUUCAAAGACAUAUGUCACCCCCAGGCGUCCCUAUGAAAAGGCACGUUUGGAUCAGGAGUUGAAGAUCAUCGGUGCUUUUGGUCUUCGUAACAAACGUGAGGUAUGGAGGGUUAAAUAUACAUUGGCCAAGAUCCGUAAGGCUGCCCGUGAAUUGCUUACCUUGGAAGAAAAAGACCCCAAGAGAUUGUUUGAAGGUAACGCACUGUUGCGUCGUCUGGUCCGUAUCGGUGUAUUGGACGAGAACAGGAUGAAGCUCGAUUAUGUACUGGGUCUGAAAAUCGAGGAUUUCUUGGAGCGUCGCCUGCAAACCCAGGUGUUCAAAUUGGGGCUUGCCAAGUCCAUCCAUCACGCCAGGGUGUUAAUUAGGCAGAGGCACAUCCGCGUUCGUAAGCAAGUUGUGAACAUCCCCUCCUUCAUUGUGCGUCUGGACUCUCAAAAACACAUCGAUUUCUCCCUGAAGUCGCCCUUCGGCGGUGGCAGGCCUGGCCGUGUUAAGAGGAAGAACUUGCGUAAGGGAACCGGAGGCGCUGCUGCCGAAGAAGAGGAGGAUUAGGCUUAGAACUUUUUUUGGUUGUAUAAUAAUUACUACAACUGGUUAUAAAAAUGUAUAAAUAAUAAAACAUUAUUUAUAGAGAA